GAAACAUUGAAUUUUUACAAACGACUGAUACUUCCAUUAAAAAAUUUUAGUGAAUAAAUAUUAGUUUUACUUAUUUUGUUAUGUAUCACUUAACGCCAAAUUAGAAUAAGUAGAAUAACGGGAUAUAAUCAUACUCCACGUCUACAAGAAGUGGUUUAGGGAUGUUUCCAAUAGACAAAGUAGUCUAUUAAAGAUUAUAUGUAUUGUAUGAAUGGUUUAUGUAUUAUAUAACUGAAGAUGGCUCAGAAAUUAGAAGAUGAAUCCAAUAAAAACUGGUUACUGGUAUUCUCUUUGAUAUUAAUUUUAUCGAUUUCCACAAGAUUUUAUAAAAUUGAAGAGCCAGAUCAUAUUUGUUGGGAUGAAACUCACUUUGGUAAAAUGGGCAGCUGGUAUAUAAAUAGAACGUUUUUCUUUGAUGUACAUCCACCACUAGGAAAAAUGCUAAUAGGUCUGUCUGGGUAUCUGACGGGCUAUGAUGGGAAAUUUGCUUUUGACAAGCCAGGGGAUAAGUAUGAAAACACAUCAUAUUUGGGGAUGCGAUUGUUUUGUAGCACUUUGGGGGCCAGUAUAGCUCCGAUGAUUUUUGUGUCUGUGGAUGAGAUGACUGGCAGUGUAUCAGCUGCAGCUUUUGCAUCGAUAUUAAUAGUUUUUGAUGUGGGACUGAUAACGCUCUCGCAAUACAUCCUGCUGGACCCGAUACUCUUGUGUUUCAUGGUGGGAUCGUUCAUGGGUGCCGUCAAAGUAUCGUCCAAAAAAACACCGGAAUUUUCUCUAAAAUGGUGGUUAUGGCUGACGUUCACUGGAAUAAUGUUAGCCUGUUCCAUAUCGGUGAAGUUUGUUGGAUUAUUUAUAGUCCUGCUGGUGGGAUUGAUGACGGUUUCCGAUUUGUGGGAUAUAUUGGGAGAUUUGAGCAAACCGGUGAGCCACACGUUAAAAAAUCUACUUUCUCGAGCAGUAUGUCUCAUUUUUCUUCCGAUUAUUCUCUACAUCGCAUUUUUCUACGUACAUUUGCGAGUAUUAAACAGAAGCGGUAAUGGAGAUGGCUUUUAUAGCUCAGCGUUUCAGUCGCAACUUAUAGGCAACAGUUUACAUAAUGCUAGUAUGCCGCGAGAAGUAGCCUAUGGGGCGAUCAUUACUUUGAAGAAUCAUCGUACUGGAGGUGGUUACUUGCAUUCACACUUUCAUCUCUAUCCAGAAACUGUUGGUGCUAGACAGCAACAGAUUACCACAUACACUCACAAAGACGACAAUAAUAAAUGGUUGAUUAAAAAAUACAACGCCGAACCUGAUGACGAUGUUCAAAUUGUCCAAAAUGGCGACUUGGUGCGUCUGGAACACGUGCCGACUCGAAGAAACCUUCAUUCCCAUAAAGAACAGGCUCCUGUGACUAAAAAACAUUUCCAAGUGACGGGUUACGGCGAGAACGGCACAGGCGAUGCCAACGAUGUCUGGAGAGUGACAGUCGCGGGAGCGAAACUCGGAUCUGACGUAACCGCCGUCACGAGCAAACUCAAAUUCGUUCAUUACUUGCAAUCUUGCAUUUUGACGACUAGCGGAAAGCAGCUGCCCAAAUGGGGCUACGAACAACAAGAGGUCACGUGUAAUCCUAAUUUAAGAGAUCAGAACGCCCUGUGGAACGUGGAAGAAAAUAUUUUUGAAAAACUGCCUAAUGUAAGUUUUGAGGUGUACGCUCCGAGUUUUUUGGAAAGAUUUCUGGAGUCGCACGCCGUUAUGUUGCAAGGAAAUGCAGGAUUAAAACCCAAGGAGGGUGAAAUCACGUCAAGGCCUUGGCAAUGGCCGAUAAACUACAGGGGUCAAUUUUUUUCCGGGACUCAAUACAGAAUAUAUCUGCUGGGCAAUCCUGUGAUUUGGUGGGGGAAUUUGGUUUUUAUCGUUAUAUUUUUGAUUGUUUUUGGAAUAAAUGCAGUAAAGUUGCAGAGAGGAUAUAUCGAAUCUUUUGAUGAUUUUCACAAGAAAAAGUUGGUUGCUUGCGCUUGGCUCUUCAUAGGAUGGACCUUACAUUACGUACCUUUUUGGGCAAUGGGUCGAGUACUGUACUUCCAUCAUUACUUUCCAGCUCUCCUAUUCAGUUCCAUGAUAACAGGUAUAUUGAUCGAUUACCUCUUGGAGGAGAUUCCCGGUUAUUUUUCGAGAUCGAACGCAAACAUGGUUUAUCAAAUUUUAUUGGGGUUAAUUCUGUCGACGAUCGUUUAUAGCUUUUAUUUAUUUGCCCCAUUGGCGUACGGAAUGUCCGGCCCCUCCGCCAAUGAACCCAACUCUACAAUGCGCGGUUUGAGGUGGAUCGAGAGUUGGGAAUUUUAGAAUUUAAAAGUGGAAUAAUUAUUUCAGAAUAUAAUCUAGUAUUAUAAAUAGCUGAUUUGCAAGAAUAACGACGCAAUUCAAAUUUUUUUAAAAUUAUACUAAGUAUGCAGAACAAAAAAGUUUUUUAUCAUGAAAAAUAACGGAAUGCUGAAUUCUGUCAUACAUUCGCUAAACAGAUAGCGUCAGUAUUUAUUUAAGACAAUUAAGUCUAACGUGUAUCACGAACAUGAGCUCAUUUCAGUUUCAUAGUUGUUGUCACAAUUCGAUUUUCAAAAAAAAGACGCUUUUAGAGUUAUACUACAAUUUUUUCAAGAAUAUUGACAUAUUUCAAAAAAGUAUAAUUCAGUUGUUGUUUUAUCAAAUAAAAUUCAUAUUCAACCAGAAUGAUAUUUUUUAUUUGCUUACAAAUUUUCCAUUACCUUAAAUUAAUUGAAAUCCCCAAUUUCAAAAUAUGUAAUUUAUUUGUUUUUUUGCGUCCUAAUUAUUUUAAAUUUAGACAACAAUGACAUAAGUUACUUUUUUAUAAUUCAUAAUCUCAAGAAUAUUGACCCUCAGAUAUCACUCAAUAUUUUUGUGAUUAUUUGUAUUUUUUCAGUGAAAAAGAAUAGUGACACAUUUCAAAAAUGUACCUUUUCAAGCUUAUAUUAAAAAUGUAUAGCAAAUUCCGCAUAUUUUUAUGUGAAAGAACGACAUAAUGCUAAUUUCAAUAAUGGCGUUGUGUCGUUCUUCCCGUACUGCAAGCUUAUUAUAAUGAAGAGUAACACAAAUCUAGUUUUGCUCCGACAAAAUACGCCAGUUUUAUGAAAAAUAAACUAAGAACGUUGUUUUCAACAAUGAGACAAGUCAAAUUAGGACAUUAUUAAUAUUUUAAAUUUAGACAACAAUAAUAAGUUAAUUUUUGAUAAUUCAUAAUAUGAAGAAUAAUGACCGAUGUCUGAAGGGCCCGUUUGUGAUGAUUAUUUGUAUUUUUUCAUAGAAUAUUAUGUAUCGUUGGUACAUAAGAAUAGUGACGCAACUCAAAAAUCUCAAUUUUCGAGCUUAUAGUAGAAAUGUGUAUCAAAAACUGCAUAUUUUAUAUGUACAAAAACGACAUAUUGCUACUUUAAAAAAUAUCGUUGUGUCCUUCUUUCCGUAUUACAGGUCGCGAAUUUAUGACAAUGAAGAGCAACACAAAUCUAGUUUUGCUCCGACAAAAUUCGACAGUUUUAUAAAAAAUAAAAUAAGAACGUUUUUUUCAACAGUGACAUAAGUCAAAUUAAGACAUUAUUGUUGAAAAGGUCGUUAUCAAUUUGCGUGAAGUAUUCUUUUCUGGAAAAUCGUCAUAACUCAAAAGAGGGAUGAAAAUAUUAUUUUAACAUUUAAUAAAUGACCAGUUGAUUUUUGAUAAUUUAUAAUCUCAAGAAUAAUUACCGAUAUCUGAAGAGUCUGUUUGUGAUGAUAAUUUGAAUUUUUUAUAGAAUAUUUACAUAUCGUUGGUGCAUAAGAUACAACUCAAAAAUUUCCAUUUUCGAGCUUAAUGUAAAAAUGGGUGACAAAAUCCGCAUAUUUUAUGUGGAAGAACGACAUAUUGCUACUUUCAAAAAUGACUUGUUCUUUCCGUAUUACAAGUCCUGUGUUUAUGAUGAUCAAAAGUAACACAAUUCUAGUUGUACUUUGACAAAAUACGCCGGUUUAAUAGAAAAUAAACUAAGAACGUUAUUUUCAACAAUGACACAAGUUAAAUUAGGACGUUAUAGUUGAAAAAUCAUUAUCAAUUGGUGCGAAAUAUACUUUUCUGGAAAAUCGUCAUAAUUCAAAAGGGAGAUGAAAAUAUAAUAUUUUGGGUUAUUUUAAAUGUAGGCAACAAUACUAAGUUAAUUUUUGAUAAUUCAUAUUAUGAAGAAUAAUGACCGAUGCCUGAAGGGCAUGUUUGUGAUGAUUAUUUGUAUUUUUUCAUAGAUUACUUAUAUAUCGUUGGUGCAUAAGAAUAGUAACGUAACUCAAAAAUCUCUAUUUUCCAACUUAUAGUAGAAAUGUGUAGCAAAUUCUUAAUAUUUUAUGUGGAAGGACGACAUAUUGCUACUUUUAAAAAUAACGUUGUGUCAUUCUUUCCGUAUUACGGGUCGCGAGUUUAUGACAAUGAAGAGUAACACAAAUCUAGUUUUGUUCCGAUCAAAUUCGCCAAUUUUAUAAAAAAUAAAAUAACGUUAUUUUCAACAGUGACACAAGUCAAAUUAGGACAUUAUUGUUGAAAAGGUCAUUAUCAAUUGGUGUGAAAUAUACUUUUCUGGAAAAUCGUCAUGACUCAAAAGAAGUAUGAAAUUAUUUUAAAUUUAUACGACAGUGACCAGUUGAUUUUUGAUAAUUUAUAAUUUCAUUAAUAAUGACUUGAUAUCUGAAGAGCCUAUUUGUAUUUUUUUAUAUAAUAUUUAUAUAUCGUUGGUGCAUAAGAAUAGUGACGCAACUCAAAAAUCUCAAUUUUCGAGCUUAUAGUAGAAAUGUGUAGCAAAAACUGCAUAUUUUAUAUGAAAGAACGACAUAUUGCUACUUUCAAAAAUAACGUCAUGCCAUUCUUUCCGUAUUACGGGUCGCGAGUUUAUGACAAUGAAGAGUAACAGAAAUCUAGUUUUGUUCUGACAAAAUUCGCCAGUUUUAUAAAAAAUAAACUUUCAAAAAUGACGUUGUGUCGUUCUUCCUGUAUUAGGUGCAUAAAGUCGUAAGUCGUGAGUUUAUGAUGAAGAAUAACACAAAUCUAGUUGUGCUCUGAUACAAUAUGCCAGUUUUAUAACAAAAUAAAUAAGGAACUUUUUCAAAGGUGAAAAAUAGGACAUUAUUGUUGGAAAGGUUAUUAUUAAUUGGUUUGAAAAAUACUUCUCUGGAAGAUCGUCGUAACUCAAAAGAGGGAUUAAAUUUUUUUUUGGGUUUUUGAUUAAUUUUAUCAAAGCAAACUUGUAAUUUUUUGAAUACAAAAAUAUUUAAGCAUUUUUAAAAUGCAAAAUCUGUUUUUGAGUUGUGUCACUAUUCCUGCGUGUAAAAUUAAAUUAACUACCAUUUGAAAUAUGUAGUGAAACAUUUAUACAUAAAAUAAAAAGUCCAUACUGUAAAAUCUACUAUUUUUAAUUGCGUCGUUAUUCUUGCUAGUCAGCGAAAUUCUUCCAGAACUUUAUUUAGCUUGAUAAAAAUAUGUUGUAAACUCUAAAAUAUUCUCUUUGGAAAACUCAUUAAUUUACAAAAAAAAUCGAUAGGACUUUUCUGACAGGUACUAGUACAAUUUUCACCAGUAAAGUCAAAUUUGAAUGAAAUUUUGUAAAAUUUCGAGUAGCUGUGAACUGAAAAAUUGUGUAAUUAUUAGUAUAUUUAUAGGUAGCUCCUAAAUAAUAAUAUAAUAAAAAUUUGUUAAAAAGAGAAUAUAUGGUUAUUUAAAUGUAUUGAUAUGGAAAGUUUAAAAAAAAGUAAAAAAAUGUCAAAAUUGACCGAUGGUGGGGUGGUGAACUUUUUAAAAAUCAAAAUUAAGUAGAUAAUCGGGUUGUUGAUUUCGGUAAACUGUCAGAUGGGAAUUUAAAAAUGUCAGUAGAGUUUGGAAUUUUAUUUUUGAAAAGUUAGCCGAAGAGGUAAGGAACAAAAAACACAUAAAAAGAUAAAGAGAAAUUGAAAAUUUAUUUAUUUUUUAAAUUGGGCGUUUAUUUCUUCUUUUCUAUAAUUUUAGGGAAUGAUUAAAUUGUUAAUUCCAUAUCAGUAC